AUGAUCGUCUACACAUAUCGCAAAAUCAGAGCGUACCGUGCACGCAAGGCUGCCGAAGCGGAGGAGCAAGCACAAGUACAAGCAGGACCCAAUGCAGGUUCACAUUCGCCCUAUGCCGCACGAGAUAUUCCCCUCCCACCAAAGGCUCCGAAAGCACAGCCAUGUGCACAGUGCGCGCGGGAGAAGAGCAAGGCCCGAAAAUAUCGGUGGAAGCUCCUUCUCAGUUUGACCCCUGCAUUCUUCGUUGCCAGCCUCGACUUGACGAUCGUGGCAACAGCCCUGCCGCAAAUUGCGUCUCAUUUCGACAAGUUUAACCAGCUCAAUUGGAUCGUCACUGCAUUUACCUUGACGUCCACGGCCUUCAUACCAGUCUUUGGUCAGUUGGCAGAUACCUUCGGUCGCCAUGCCACCCUCCAGUUCUCUGUGGUGCUUCUGGCCAUCGGAAGCGUGCUCUGCGCAGCUGCCCCGGACUGGGCUGUCUUGUUACUUGGGAGGGCACUGCAGGGCAUCGGAACAGCGGGUAUCUCAAACGUUGUGAUGAUCAUUCUGGCCGACUUGGUCUCGCUCAGGGAGCAGGCCAUCAACACGAGUAUUUUCCAGUUGCUGAACGGGAUCGGGUACAGUGUCGGUCCUGUCAUUGGCGGCUACCUCACCAACUCGAACUGGCGAUACUGUUUCGUGCUCUGCGCGGGCGUGUCCGUCCUGAGCAUCGUCGGCAUUUUCCUCCUCCGCAACGACCUCAAGCCCGGCAAGGUCUCUGUGUCUCGUCCACCCGUGGGCCAAUCUCGUCUCCAAGCACUGGCAUCGGGCCUUUCAACGCUCGACUACGGCGGAAUCUGCCUCUUCAUCCUCGGCAUCGGCCUCCUCAUUCUCGGCACCGCCUGGGGCGGCUCGACCUACCGGUGGUCGUCAGGCGCGGUGCUCUCGUCCUUAACCCUCGGCUCCAUCUUCUUCAUCCUCUUCCUCGUCUAUGAAAUGCUGCUCUCCGACGAAUCUGGCUUCCUCGCCCGCCGGCUGCCGCGCGGCACAGCCCCGAUGAUCCCUUCUUCAAUCCUCCGCUCCAAGGACGUCAGCCUCGUGUGCGCGAUCGCCUUCUCCACGGGCGCCGCCAUCUACAGCGUCUUCUACUUCAUCGGCAUCUACUUUACGCUUGUGGAAGCUUUCGACGCAUCCGACGCGGGCACCCAACUGCUGUACUACGUCCCCGGCAUCGGCGUGGGCGUCUACGUCGCCAUCUUCAUCUGCAACGUCCACCCGCGCCAGACAUUCCCGCCCUUACUCGUCGGCACGAUAAUCGAGACGGCGGGCAUCGCGGCGCUCGCCUACGCGGUCAAAGCGCGCAGCGAAACGCUCGUCAACGUCAUGAUGGCGGUCGCCGGCGCGGGCACGGGCAUGCGCUUCAUGCCCUCCAACCUCCAUCUGGCGGGCAUGUUCCGCGACAAGAUUGCGCCCGUGUUUUCGAUCCUCCGCUUCGCCAUGCCCUUUGGCGGCACCUUGGCCCUCACCAUCAUGGGCUCGGUGUUCCAGAACCAGAUGAGCGAGUAUUUCGGCGCUGAUGCCGUCGUCAUCAUCACUAACGCCACCUCGAACUCCCCAGGAGGCGGGACCUCGUUCAACCUGCACACGCAAGCCUCGCUGGACUUGAUUGACGAGUUGCCCGCCGCGACGCAGGAGGCCAUCCGCGCCCAAGGCGCCACUGCGACCAUGUGGGCGUUUACCUCCAUCCUGCCGAUCCUGGCGUGCAGUCUGCUGGCGAGCCUGUUCCUGGGCAACGUGUGGAUCAGUAAGAAGAAGGAGGAGGACAAGUCAAAGAAGAACAAGAGCGAGGUCGAAACGGAAGCGGAAGCGGAAGCGGAAGAGCAAGAGCGUGGCGAGAAGGCGGAAUCGAUCAGAGCGGAUGGCCUGUGUAAGAGGCACGCUCCUGUGGGCACAGACGGUCCUGCAGACACGGAGGAGGGUGAAGAGCAGAGAAAUCAAGUCGAGUUCGUCAGCCAGGUGUACCUUCUCGCCGUGAUGAGAGGGGAUGUGAAGAGGUUGAAGAGGAGAGGCGCUGCCGAGGCAAAGGUGCCGGCGGUCCAGGCACUGAGCGCAGAAGAGACACAUCUGCGGACAAGGUUGCACGAGGGUGGUGGGACCACAGUUCUCGGGAGUACAAAAUAG